GUUCCCAACUUCCUAUCACUUUCCUGAUUCUAUUUUUCUGGAGAAAUUUGGGCAACCAUCCCUGAAUUCCCCCUUUUGACAAUCAUUCCUAUUUCCACCAAUCCAAUCCUUGCCAUAUUAACCAAACCAUACCUCCCCCACCCCCAACCUCCCCAUCUCUAGACAUGCAUUCCCCAUCCUCCAUCGCCGCCGCCGCGGCAGCCACCACCACCACGAUAUUACUAAUCCUCGUCUCGGUCGUGUUUUCACUGUGUUACGGCCUAGAGGAGGAGCCAUACUACACCUGCAUUCGCAACUUCAGUUGCGGCCUAACCAUCCGAAACGUUGGCUACCCUUUUUGGGGAGGCGAUCUCCCCCAAUCCUGCGGCCACCCAUCGUUCAAAUUGACGUGCCACAACAACGAGUACCCAACUAUCGAAAUCAACCACCGGGCCUUUCGCGUGCAAAAAAUCGAUCAAUCCUAUCGUACGAUUACUCUUGCCAGCUCAGACCUCUGGGAAAGUCAUUGUACUCGGGACUUGCAAAAUAUCACGCUGGACGACAACUUGUUCACUGAUGGGCCAAUUAACCGGGACCUCCUUUUAUUCUACAAUUGCACGUCAGGAGAUGGGAGAACCAUUCCGGAGAAUUUUACGUGCGAAAUAGGUGGUGUAGAGAGCCAUGGGUUCUACGCAGACGCGACGCUUUUUGGUGAGCUUGAGAAUACUCUGUACGCCACGAUAUCGUGUAACCAGAGUGUUGAAGUCCAAGUUCUUCGGGUGACCGUGGGCAAAAUUUUGGAAAAAUCAUUGACGCUUGAAGAGGGGUUGCGCAUAGGGUUUGAGGUGGUGUAUGAUGCCCAUGAAACCGCCUGUGCGAGGUGUGAGGGUUCAGGUGGGAUUUGUGGAUCGAAUUUGACCGAGUUUGCUUGCUAUUGCCGCGAUCGUACUGAUCCCGUGACCUGUCAAAUCCCUGGGGAUGAAUGGAACAUUGGACGGAAGCUUGCUAUAGGAUUUGGAGCGUCAGGGGGUACUCUCCUCAUCAUGUGUGUUCUUUUCUUUCUGCAUCAACACCGGAACAAGAAACGUUAUGGUACUCCGUCUUGGAUCCCUCGAAGCAUUUCUUUUUUUCCCUCUUCAGCGACGGAUCCUGAGCAGGCCGGCGCUAUCUACGGAGUCCAUAUUUUUAAGUACAGUGAACUCGAAAAAGCCACGGGCAAUUUCGAUUCUGAAAAGGAACUGGGAGAUGGAGGGUUCGGCACGGUAUACCAAGGUAAACUCAAAGACGGGCGCGACGUUGCUGUCAAGAGAUUGUACGAGCACAACUACAAGAGGAUGGAGCAAUUCAUGAAUGAAGUCGAGAUCCUCGCCAGGCUCCGACACAAAAACCUAGUGUCCCUUUACGGGUGCACCUCGCGCCACUGCCGCGAACUCCUACUCGUGUACGAGUACGUUCCAAAUGGCACGGUCGCAGAUCAUCUCCACGGUGACCGGGCCAAACCAGGGUCGCUCUCGUGGACGACUCGAUUGAGCAUUGCUGUUGAAACUGCCAACGCGUUGACUUAUCUCCACCAUUCCGACGUUAUUCACAGAGACGUGAAAACCAACAACAUUCUCCUUGACAACAACUUUUGUGUUAAAGUAGCGGAUUUUGGUCUGUCGCGCCUGUUCCCAACCAAUGUUACCCAUGUCUCCACUGCCCCACAGGGUACUCCCGGGUACGUGGACCCCGAAUAUCAUGAAUGCUACCAGCUCACAAACAAGAGUGACGUUUAUAGCUUUGGGGUUGUUCUAAUUGAGCUCAUAUCAUCGAAACCUGCCGUGGACAUCACGAGGCAUAGACACGAAAUCAACUUAUCCACUAUGGCUGUGAACAAGAUCCAGAACCAUGCGUUGCACGAGCUCAUCGAUCCAUAUCUGGGAUUUGAAACCGACUUUAAGGCGAGGGAGAUGAUAAGUGAGGUGGCAGAGUUGGCAUUUCAGUGCCUGCAAAGUGAGAGGGAUAUGAGGCCUUCUAUGGAAAAGGUGCUGGAAACUCUGAAGGGAAUACAGAGUGAGGAUUGGAAACUGAGAAAACCAGAGGAGGUCGAAAUCCUAUCCGAUGAGCUGGUGCUGCUGAAGAGUGAUCCGCCGACGCUUUCGCCAGAUUCUCUAGCUAAGAGUUCGAUCGCUCGUGGGAGCAAUUCGAGAUAGAUGUACAUGCCAAUUAGGUGCAGUAUCGGCGCUCAUAAGGUCGUUUUUCGGGCGGGCGGGAUUUCUUGAGUGGUUAUCUUUUUUCUAGUUCUAGGAAUCUCCAUAAGUUACAUAUUUAUUGUUUUGUUUCAUUAAGGUUACUGCAUUGACAAUAUAGAAUUUAUCGAUCGAAACACAGUAACACUGUUAAAUAUGAUAGAAGAAAUAUUGAAUUUGAUUAUUAAAACCGUA